CUCCCCCCUUCGUUAUCUUAACCUCGUCACUCAUUCCCUACAAGACAGAGUUACUGGACGCUUCGUCAAUCAUGGCCCUCGUUACUUCAGGCCCACCACUCAUCAUCUACAGGGCGAUAAAACUAAUAUGGAUCCCUUAUAGUCGAGGCAAGGAAACUUCAGUACUCUGUCGGUCUGAAUUUUAAAGUUCUUUUGCGGCCAACUGAGAAACUCAUACUCGCCAUGAACAAGUGGAUGACAAGCUACGGUGUUUAUGAGUAGUGGUGAAGUGUGAUGAACAAGUGGAUGAUGACAAGCUACGGUGUUUAUGAGUAGUGGUGAAGUGCGAUGAACAAGUGGAUGAUGACAAGCUACGGUAUUUAUGAGUAUAGUGGUGAAGUGUGAUGAGCAAGAGGAUGAUGACUUAAGCUAUGGUGUUACUAUGAUGUGAGUGCCCUGAUGUUGAUAACCUAAGUCCCCACGUAAAUACUAUUGGUUUAGUCGAGGACCUUUGAACCUCAACACGACUCCUUGCCACACUGAACCCUGUUGCAGCCAUAGUCGUACCCUGUCGCAGCCAUGUCGUUCAGUCGCCCUCGAGCUGCGAUCCAGGUAAACGACCACAACAUCUUUCGCUUACUUAAGGCGCAUGUUACUGAGGCUCGUCUAGUUAUGCACAACAUCCUCAGGUGGGGCUGUCAGAAGAGCCAAACUCAGACCUUUGAGGAUUAUAUAAUAAAUGAUUUGGGUGUUGCUCGUAACAUAUACAACAAACGAUUAGACAGAAAACAAAAAGAAAGCAUUAAAUCUAAUCCUGUUGGCAGUAAAUUUGACAUAACUCUGUUGUAUAAGAUUAUCCAAAUUGCAUGUCACUCACUAGCUCCAUUCUAUGACAGUAAGUGGACUGAUGACGACCCCACACGACUGGAGUUUCUGUUAACUUGUAUAAAAAACUCCCGCAACGAUCUGGCACACGGCGUCACACAGUGCAAUAAAACGGAAAUGGUGGAAAGGAUAGAACAACUGAGAGACCUACUGAAGAAUACCGUGAAAAUUGGCGGAGAACUGUAUGGUGUUGAUCCUGUGGAAGUAAAAGACCUGACGUCUGAGAUUAACACCAACCUCAACAAUAUAAGAGACCAACCCUUCACACACGACAACAUAAAUCAGUAUCGCCAGGCCGUGUUGUUCGACAGCCUGAGAUCUGUCAUGUGUGACAACGGAACCACAGAGUUAGGGAGAACACACAGUAAAAAGGUCUACCUCAACCCUCUCUCACUCAUAAAUGACAGUCAGUGUCACUUUCAUGUGAGGGCCAUCUUCACUGGCCUUCUCAUUCAGAGCGUCAGGGCUAACAGAAGACACGUAUCGGUUAACUUUGAAGACUUGUUGGAUUACUGUGACCCGUCAUUCAGCGUUACUCCUGUAGACGAGGACUACGUUGGUGACAGCAUUAGAGAGGUGCCUGAUGAUGUAGUAAAAGCUUCGGUACUUCUCCUCGAGGGUCGUGUAGGGAGUGGGAAGACCACUUUGUUAAAGAUGGUCAUGUCAGAGUGGAUCACAGGAUCAGGAGCCGUCAAAGGUCUGUCUGUUUACGACCUCUUGUUCUACGUGAAGUGCAGCGACUCCACCACAGACUCCCUCACCAAGCUGCUCACGCUGGAGAUGCCUGAGACGGCCUCGAGGUUUUGUGAGUAUGACUUACUUCAGAUUCUAUUAAGCCUCAAAGUUUUAGUCUUAAUGGAUGGCCUGGACGAGCUCAGUCAAUCCUCGGAGAAAAUAUUCAGAGAAAUUCUCGCUGUUAUGAAUUCUUCUAAUAUAACCCUGAUCUGUACAACAAGACCAGAGAAGAUUAAAGAGAUCAAAACAAUUGUGUCAGACAAAGUAAACAUCGUGCGCUUAAAGAUACAGGGGAUACCACGGGAGAAGAAGCAGGACUUUGUGAGAGUUUAUCACGAGGAGCUGAGACAAAAACGUUUGAGUGACCAGGACACGGAGCGCCUCGUACAGUUCGUGGGGGAGGCGCCAGUACACUUACAAGACUUCUUGACACAUCCCCUAAACCUUGUGCUGUUGUCCUUCCUUUGGGUCAGAGUGCAGGGAAAGAUAAGUCAGUUAACAUCAAGCACAAUGUUAUAUAUCGAGAUUCACGAACUUCUGAAGGAGAGGAUGUACGAGAGACUGAAGCAAAACGCCAUAACACAACACUUACCCAUUACACAAAUACAGGAGAAGUGUAAACAGCUCCUUAGUGUCUUGUAUCAAGCAGCUUUAAACUCAGUGUGGCGGAAAGCAAUUUCUUUGGAUCCGAAAAUUACGCACAAGCUUUCAGAUCAGUGCUCGAGGCUAGAAUUGCCUCCAGAGGAAGUACUUUCAACCUUCCUGGUGUCUGUGUUGAUCGACACACCCGGCGGAUACGUGAAUCAGCUGAGCUUUCCUCACAAGGGCAUCCAUGACUUUUAUGCCGCCAACCAUGUGAUAGAGUUGAUAAGAAAUACGUUCUACGAGGGAGAUGGAAGCAUUCUGGGUGAACUUAAAAGUUUGUUCAGAAAAGUGGGUUUGUCAAAUUAUAAAAUUCAACAGAUGCCCAACAGCACCGCGGACCAUAGAAAGCAACGUACCAUCCGCCAGAUUCUAAAUAAACUUCACAAAGAUGACCAACAGUCUUUUCAAAUCAGCAUAUACAGAAAUGUUUUGCACCACCUUGUUGGACUUCUCAAAGUCGACGGUCCUGAUGCCAUAAAACAACACGCCCAGGAAGCCGUGGAACUCUUGAAGUCGACGAACAUGUCAUUUGAACAACUAGUGGACAUUCUCACUGAAACUGACUGUAACAUGGAUCUGGCAAAGGAAGUGUCUAAAUUUCUCCCAAAGAAGGAGUGGACGGUCACAAACGAACACGUUCAAGCAGCAGCCAGUCUUCUUUGCUUCAACAGUCCCCGUCGUUUGAUCAUCGACAUAAUGGACGACCCAAACCAAAUAGCGCACUUGGAGAGCUUAAUGGAGGCAACAUCACGGUGCAAUUGUGUAGUGCAGCUGUACCUUCACCAUCACUGGCGAUACCCAAACGCUGGCUCAUCCGACUCCUUCCUCAGCAUACUGGUAACCGGCAAACGUCCAGUCAACACAUCAGGUCACGGGUCACAAGACGACUUCCACACACAGGACCUCCCAUCAGGUCACAGGUCGCAAGACGACCUCCACACACAGGACCUACCAUCAGAUCACGGGUCACAAGACGACCUCCACACACAGGACCUACCAUCAGAUCACGGGUCGCAAGACGACCUCCACACACAAGACCUACCAUCAGAUCACGGGUCACAAGACGACCUCCACACACAGGACCUACCAUCAGAUCACGGGUCGCAAGACGACCUCCACACACAGGACCUACCAUCAGAUCACGGGUCGCAAGACGACCUCCACACACAGGACCUACCUUCAGAUCACAGGUCACAAGACGACCUCCACACACAGGACCCACCAUCAGCUCACGGAUCACUAGACCUGACUACCUUUAGAGACGACCUCUACUCUGGUCACUGGUCACGGGAACACCUGUUCAGUGGGUCACAGACAGAGCUACUCAGUGGGUCACCAGAAGAUCUACUCACUACAAGAGAUGGUCCCUUAGGUCACAAUAACCUGGCAGUCAACCACACUAACUCGAACUAUGAUCUGUGUGACAGGGCUUCGACACUCAGAGAAGGAAGGAGCUACCUGACGGAGGCGUUGGGUCGGUUUGGGGCACAGACAACCAGAGACCUUCUACCCAACACACUGACGGACCUUCACAUUGCUCUGGCUGACGAUGAUGACGCCCUUGCCUGGCAGAAAAUAACUGGAGCAUUGUGCACCCUCUUCCCUGACCUGCGCCAUUUGUGGGUUCACGUGGUGGUGGGCGUGUGUUCAGAGUUAUUGCCACGCCUCCCGCGCCUUCACUUCCGCCCGCGCCUCUACUUGUCGGGCGUGGGUGACGAAGACGUCCAGUGGGCGUGCCAGGCCGCGCAGGCGCUCCUUCCCCAAGAAUCUAAGUUCGCAAGCAUAAAUCUGGCACGCAGUACAGUCACCGAGGAAGGCCUAGACGCACUGACGGAGGGGCUACAGCAGCUGGGUGUGAGUGUGUACAGCGGGAGGAGCGGUGGUCUGAUGGUAGCGUCGUCAGCCCUAACAUAUACCCCAGUCUUACAACUUAACGAACUCGUCCUCAGUCGCCUCAACUGCCCAUUCUCUAAGGUCGAUGAGGACGAUAUUUGGUUUGAUGAAUCCAUUUAUGAACAGGUACAUGAAUACGACAAACUACCAGUUCAACUCGACAUACCGGCAACUAUAUCAGAAACGGAGGAAGAAUUCGAUAACAAACUGACGAAAUAUAUCCACCCAGGAAACGCCUCUUCCGUACCUGACUCAACCUAUACAGAAUUGCCUCCUCUCUUACCAGGAGCUCCACUUAGUACUGGUGUGAAGGUGUCGGAGGGGUUUAUAAGCGACCACAACGACAGAGUGGGACAACAACGUGUAUCUUCAGAGUCAGUACACCCCUUGCACCAACGACCACCAGUCAGCCCACCACGGACGCCUCCAGCCCUCCCGCCACCAAGGGCACAAGUCAGCCCACCACGGACGCCUCCAGCCCUUCCGCCACGAAGGGCACAAGUCAGCCCACCACGGGCGCCACCAGCCUUCCCGCCACGAAGGGCACAAGUCAACCCACCACGGGCGCCACCAGUCCUCCCGCCACCAAGCAGGAAGUCACGAGGAUAUCUGCAGCCAAAACCAUCAUUAACCUCCUACUGGCGUUGCCGACGAGGUACUGAUGGCCAGUUUAACUCCUGGGAUUCUAGACCUGACUGUCACGGUCCAUGGCAUGACUGUCACGGUCCAAGGCAUGACUGUCACGGUCCAAGGCAUGACUGUCACGGUCCAAGGCAUGACUGUCACGGUUCAAGGCAUGACUGUCACGGUUCAAGGCAUGACUGUCACGGUCCAUGGCAUGACUGUCACACAGUUCUGCAUGACUGUCACGGUCAAGGCAUGACUGUCACAGUCCAAGGCAUGACUAUCACGGUCCAAAGGCAGACUGUCACGGUCAAGGCAUGA